AACUGUGAGAUACUUAGAGAUCAUAAGAUAAUACGCGAAGACUUAUGGGUUCGCAACGGAAAGAUCGUAAAUCCAGAACCGAUUUACUAUUUGGAGACACGAUUGGCUGACAUUAGCAUCGACUGCAAGGGUCUGCUCAUCGCUCCGGGAUAUAUAGAUCUCCAGAUCAAUGGUCAUUUCGGUUACGAUUUCUCCAAUUGUGAUAUCGAUAUCAAAGAAGCCAUUCAUAAGACAGCGUCCGGACUCGUCAGGCAUGGAGUGACCGCUUUCUGUCCAACACUCGUGACACAAUCUGAAGAAAGUUACCACAAAAUACUGCCCCAAAUCGAGAGAACAGCGGGCAGUAAGGCGUUCGGUGCGACCAAUUUGGGCGCUCACGUCGAGGGCCCGUUCAUCAGUCGGGACAAGAAGGGCGCCCAUCCUCUUGAGUACAUUAAGUCCAUCGACUCGUUUGAGACAAUCAAACGGACGUAUAAAUACUUAGACAACGUGUCGAUCAUAACGCUGGCACCGGAAUUGGAUCCGACCGGCGAUUAUGUGCGACAACUGGUGGACGCGGGUAUCACUGUAUCGGUGGGUCACUCGACGGCCACUCUGCAAGAGGGCGAGCGGGCCAUCAAUUCCGGGGCCACAUUCAUAACCCACUUAUUCAACGCAAUGCUGCCCUUCCAUCACAGGGAUCCCGGACUCGUCGGUCUACUCACGUCGUCGGCGCUCAACAAACAGGUGUUUUACGGCAUUAUCGCCGACGGAAUUCACACGCAUUACGCGGCGCUGAAGAUUGCCUUCAAAUCCAAUCCGACGGGAAUGGUGUUGGUGUCGGACGCCAUCUCCGCGGCCGGACUCGAGUCGGGUAAACACAAGAUCGGCGUUCAAGAGAUCGAGAUUAAGGACAAGACUAAGGCGUUCAUCGCCGGCACAAACACUCUGUGCGGUUCGAUAGCGGCGCUCGACUAUUGCGUUAAACACUUACGACAAGUGACGGGCUGUACGACCGUUGAGGCCAUAGAGUGCGCGACACUACACGCGGCGCAGGUGUUGGGCAUUGAGGACCGGAAGGGAACGCUGGCCUUCGGUGCGGACGCAGACUUCAACGUAUUAGACCCGGCGCUCAAUGUUUUGGCCACUUUUAUUUCGGGGACAUGUGUUUCAAAAGUUGCCAAUAGUUUAGAUAUAAAUAUUUGA